UCCAGGCAUUAGCUCAGUCAGAGUCGAAAGCACGAUUCUUUGCGCGUCUUGGUCUCGACCCUACCAAUGGCACGCACCGGCGAGUGUACAAUCUUAUGAAGAUGGAAGCCGCUGAGGGGCGCAAGCGAUUGCUUGAAGGCCAGGCAACGAGCACUGCCCAGAUUCAUGAAAGCGCAUGGCAGCGAGAAGUAUUGAGAAUUUACCAUGACGCUCAACCCCAAACCCGUGCGGUGUAUCAAUUUGGACAUGACACCGCAGAUCCGCACGCUCCCGACAACUGGAUCAUCAGAUGGAUGCUGUGGCAUGUUUUCCGCUAUCGGGAUUACAGGAACAAACAGCAACGCCAAAUGAACGAACCUGCCUCCGGAGAUGAGGACGAUGAGCACUCGUCCGACUUACUGUCUCCACCGGAUAGCAGUAGCUCUCGCAAAGGCAGCGCGAGCUCGACAGCGGCGAGCAGCACACAAGCAGCUCAAGAACCUCUCGCCCCUUCGCGACCAUAUUGGGAUCCCGUUCGCGACCAAUAGUCUGGGCUUCUGCGUUGUGUCAUUCGCUCGAUCUCGCACCAUACCCCUCCACGACAUGAUGACUUCCAUUCGAUUGAGCAUGCGGGCAUGCCCACGGCCUUGUUGGCCAUGAACACGACGCGGAGCUUUUGAACCGAGCACCACAAGGCGCCAAACUCCCAACUCGGCAUUUGAAACGCGAACAGACAAUAUCGGGAGCAGAUAGGCUUGUUCACACGCUCUAUCACCUGAUCCGGCACCACGAAAAACCAUACUCGACCGCCAGGCGACCUCUUCUCGGCGUGGCAGUGGUUCGUUGAUCGACGUGUCUGCAGAUAGCCAUGGCCGGUCCAUGUGCGGGAUCAGCUCUCCGACAUCUUAGAAUAAUGUUUAAUAGGCACAGAGGCCACACAUAUCUGGAGGGCUUGCGAUGAUAGCACCAACGUGUUGGAAAUCGAGCGCACGGGGCUAUUGUUGACGCGAAUUCGACAGCCGGUAUCGCAUGGAGGCGAAAAUGCACUGGAUGGACCGAGACCGCUCUCGCCUUGAAGCCAGCUGGAUACCGAAUCUUUCCAGACCCGUUGAGCUCUGGGCGGGCUUGAAGAGCACUUGCAAGCUCGGAGCUUUGCACUGUGAGGGACGUAUACGAGGGCGCAGCAGAGCCAACACAGCGCAGUAAGCUGGAGGUGCUACAAUUUGGGCACACAGCGAGAGCCUCGUUCACCGCUGAGAGUGCAAGGCGUCAGAGCGCCAUUCGGCCGAAGAGCCGGAGUCUACGAGACUGUUGUGCAUAUGUGCACGUCGCAUCCGUAACGAUGCGACUUUUGGCUUCUACUUCAACCCUUUUGCAAAAGUACAUAUAUCAAAUGACUGUGCCAUGAGCACCAUGUCAC